AUGAUGAAUUCAAGAGUUUUCAUUAUCACCUUGGUAUCUUGCAUUAUUGCCUCAACUCGUGCAUACGAUCCCGACGCUCUUCAAGAUCUUUGUGUUGCCGAUAAAUCUCAUGGAACCAAGCUAAACGGAUUCCCAUGCAAAGAAACAUCAAACAUCACGUCGUCCGACUUCUUCUUCGCCGGAAUCUCCAAACCCGCCGUCAUAAACUCCACGACGGGCUCCGCCGUAACCGGAGCUAACGUGGAAAAAAUCCCAGGGCUCAACACUCUCUCCGUCUCCUUAGCGCGUAUAGACUACGCGCCGGGAGGUUUAAACCCGCCUCACACUCACCCACGCGCCACCGAAGUCGUCUAUGUCCUCGAAGGAGAGCUCGAAGUCGGGUUUAUCACGACGGCGAACAAGCUUUUCUCUAAAACCAUCAAGAUUGGUGAAGUUUUCGUUUUUCCAAGAGGGCUCGUGCAUUUUCAGAAGAACAAUGGGAAAUCUCCGGCAUCGGUUUUGGCGGCGUUUAAUAGUCAGUUACCGGGAACGGUUUCUGUUGCGGCUGCGCUUUUUGCGGCGGAGCCAGCUUUGCCGGAAGAUGUGUUGACAAAGACUUUUCAGGUUGGAACUAAGAUGGUUGAUAAGAUCAAGGAAAGACUUGCAACUAAGAAAUAA